CAAUCAGAUGUUCCAAUGCGUAGCUUAGAAACCACCAUGGCCAAGUACCAAAACCCCGCUGAGGCCGAUAAGAUGAUGAAAAUUCAACAAGAUUUGGACGAGACAAAGGUUAUCCUGCACAAAACUAUCGAGAGUGUCUUGGAACGUGGAGAGAAGAUCGAUACUCUGGUAGAGCGCUCGGAAGAUCUGAGUAGGCAAUCGAAGGUGUUCUACACUCAGGCCAAGAAAACGAACCAAUGCUGCGAUUGGAUGUAGUGUGAGACCGCUAUUGUAGGUGGCGGAGAAGCACCUGUUGAAUAAAGGAGUGACAUUAACUAGCAACUGUCGUAGUUGAACGAGUGUGAUGUUCAAUAUUUUGUCUAACUAGUAGAACUGUUGACUUUGUAUUAGAAUGAACUUGUCGUUGUAAUAACAACUGUAAUAUUGAAUGUAGAAUCAUUAUCUGGAAUCGGUAUGCGAAUGGAUAUGGUAGCAGACAAUAAUUUUCGAGUGCGAUGUGUAGUAAACCCAAGGUGACCUUGGGUUUGGGCAAAGUUUCGGGCAAGUAUAUUUCAGGGAACUGCAUACUUGGUUUAAAUUUGUUUGACCACUUCUUAAUAGCCUUAAACAGGGAGGCUAUUCUUUCUUUCUUGAAAUAAAUGAUUUAGGGCUGCAUUAAACUUGGUUGUGAGUGACUACCUUAUAGUUUGCCAAAGAUGUAUCCAAACUAGCAAUUCUACGCACACAUUAUGCCGCAGUAACGGGUUGAAAAUAACAAAGUUCGCUGCCAUUGAGUGUGGUAUUGGUUUGCACCUCGUGUGCGAUUUUUAUGCGGAAUUAUCGUUCAACGGCAUUUAAAAGUACAUAACUGCAACAGUAAACUGUAGCUGGAUAGGGACAUUCCUUACUUUGAGUUUUCCCCUGCCUUCUACUGAUCAACAAACGUAUCAAUACAUGACAAGAAUACACGAGUACAAAUUGUGG